AUGGAGGAAACAAAUUCAACUAGUGUAGAGUUCGGAAUGGAGGAAACAAAUUCAACUAGUGUAAAUGCUCCUAAACCACUUAUGGGAAUGAAGUUUAAUAGUUAUGAAGAAGCUUAUAACUAUUAUAACUCAUAUGCAUUGUUGAUGGGUUUUGGAAUAAGAAAGAGCACGGUGAAUUACUCUCGCAAGACUAGAGAAGUGGUAGACAGAAAGUUUGUUUGUGAUAAGGAGGGCUAUAAAUCUAAUAAAGACAAGAUGGAGAUUCAUCUUCGGCGAGAGACCCGAGUGGGAUGUAAGGCAAUGAUGCGAGUGAAAAUAUUGGAGGACAAAUCAUGGGAGGUCACAGGGUUUGUUGAAGAACAUACAAAUCAUGUAUUGAGCAGUCCAGACAAAGCAAAAAUGCACAGAUCACAUCAACAAUUCUAUAAAACUCAAAGAUGUAAAAAACUUAUUGAUAGUCUGCGAGAAGAAGGUAUGCCUCCUUCCACUAUUUCUCGCGUCAUCAAUGCAACCAAUGGAAGAGAAGAGUAUGACAGUGAAUGA